UGCGUCUUCUUCGCUGCGCCUGCCAGCGCGCUCGCUCACGCACACUCACAUUUCCUCGGAGUGUAUUUUGCAAACGGUACCGGCCGCGAAAAUGUAGAACACACAUACGGCCGCAAUAAUUCGGCUGCCAUCGCAAGAAACAGUUGAUAUAUAUUUUUCAGUUGAUGUCGAUGCGGGGAUUUGGCCACGAGCGUUCGGUCCUGUAUGGGGUGAUUUAUGGGUGGCGGUGUUUAAUCUCCUGGACAGGAAGUGCACUUCCCCGCCGAUUCCGCGGGUUGUUGAAUGGCUCCACUGCACUCAUCCCGCUCGCCCGGCCCCAGCUCCGAUGAGUCCCUGUCCGAGCCCGACGACGAGCCGCUGAUCUCCAUGGCCACGCCCAGCCCCUCCCCUUCCGACCACCACCCCCACCACCAUCUUCCCCUGAAACUGCCUUCGCACCACCGUUUCACCGUCUCCCCGGUGUCACCGGAGAGCGAGCCGCUCCUGCGCCCCGGCGGCGGUAGCAGUGCCACCAAUCCCUUCCUUACCGUCCCCGGUGACCCGCCGGCGGACGACGUGACCUUUCUGGAGUUGGCGCGCCGCGGAACCCGCGACCGGCACCCGUCCGCCCGCAGUGACGUCACCGACGAGACGCUGCUGGACGAUGAGGAGGAGCAGGAACUCAGCGACAUUCCGGUCUGCCCGCCGGAUGACCUUGCGACCGGCACCGACACCGGGCAUUUGCGACAGGGUUGUUACGACAACGCCGGUCUCCUGCCCUCCCCCGGCAUCCCCACCCCGGAACCGACGGCGCUCCAGCCGGGCCCGGACCCCGGCAUCCCGUACCCCCGCGGCAUCCCCCCGCUGAUCAUCACCUCCCACCCAAGCGACGCCUCCCUCCCGCCGCCCCUCCCGGACUCCCUACAGGCCAGCCACUGGGACAUCGGGCCCGGCGGUGGUGGUCUCCCGCCCAGCGGCCGCAACCCGGCGGUGCAGUUCUACGUCGGGAGCUGCCUCAGCGUCUCCUCCGCGGCCUCCUCCAUCUCCUUCUUCAACACGCUGUACGCCCACGGCUACACGCCCAUCUGCCGCAUCUGCCACCAACCGGCUAGCGACAAGCGGCCGCUCAUCACGCCGUGUCACUGUACCGGGUCGCUGCGCUUCGUCCACCAUAGUUGUUUGAUGCGGUGGCUGGACACGCGGACCAAACAGCUGGGACAUAAUCCCAAGUGCGAGCUUUGUGUGUACCAGUUCCGGGCGCGCCGACACUGGCGCUCCCUGUCCAGUGUGCGCUGGCCAGCGAUUCCGACAAGGGAUAAAGUCCUGCAUGGGAUUUUCUUCCUGGCGCUGGUGGUCAUGGGCGUCUGUUUAGGCGUGAUCGGGAGUGUGUUCAAGGGGCAGCCGCCCACAGUGGAGACGGAGCCGCGGUCGGGGGAGACGGUGACGUUGGUGUGCGGCAUCGUGUUCUUCGUGGCGUUCUUCGCGGCCACGCUGGCGCAGAUCAAGGCCAGCUGGAACGUGUGGCGCUUGUUGAGGAUUUUCUGGGAUAAUAAUUACGUCAUGCAGCUGGAAAAUGAUCUCUCCGUCGGCCAAAAGGAAUCCAACCGUGUACGGGCCUGAUCCGGCCACACAAGAGCGUCACAAAGACGACUGCUUACAUUUUGGCGGGAUUUCUUGUUGGCUUAAAAGUGGCGCUGAGCGGCUUCACCAAUGAUAAUCAGAAUUCUGUCACAAUAAUUAACUACUGACUGUACUGAUCAGUCUUUUCGUAGAGCAAUUUUUCUGAAUCAGAACAAAGUAUUAGAGAUUCUUUAGCAAUGAUCAUGAACGUUACUAUUCUUCACUAUAGUUUCACCAAGAUGUGUAGGGUAGAACCAUCUUGGUUUCACCUUAAGUUGUCCCUGUAAAUAAGAAAAAUUGAAUAAAGCGUAUAAUUGAAUAAAGGGUCA